CCAGCAACGCAACCACCAACCUCAACCCUGAGGUCAGACACAGCUCCCAGAAUCUUCCUCCAGCCCAGAGCCUCGCUCACUACAGUUCACCAAACCCCCCGAGGGAAAAACCUCCUGACCCUGUCACAGGGACAUCAGGGCAGUUCAAGUCCCAGGUCUUGUUGACGAGGAGCAGCGGUCCGGUUUUCAUGGCUUGAGGUUUUGGUCCUGAUGACCUGCAGCCUUCUGCCAAAGGGAAGUGGCUCCAAGAGUCCACGACCAGGGUGGGACAGGUCGGCCUCAAGCUUACCUGCACGCCUCAGAGUCCUGGAGACAUUCAGGUCCUGCGGACGUUCAGGUCCUGGAGACGUUCAGGUCCUGCAGAGAGGACAGGUUGCGGCCUCGCACCUUGUCUGAUGCGCUGUGGUCCUUGGCUGUAGCAGCAGUGGACUCGAUGACAGUGUAGAAGUUCACCAUCAUUGGCUUUGGUAGGUUGAUCUUCUCAGCGGCAGCAGGAAGUGCUCCCUCUGCUGGAUGUGGGGAGGGAGCCGGUGUUCAGCUCCCUUCAGGUCCUGGGUGAUGAAGGUGCCCAGGAGGCUCAGCAGGGAGAGCUUGUCCUGGAGCAGAUCUGGAUUAUGCUGAUCACAUGUUGCCUGCGGGGGUGUUUAGACCUUGUGCUCUGAUUGACUGAUGUCAUGUGGUGGCAGGAAGACUUUUGAUGGGACAGUCAGCUGCUUCGUGACAGGCUCUGGGAAAAGGAUGGUGGCUUAUCGCAGAGCUGAUGGUCACCUGGUCCACACCGCUCCGGAACCGGAGGAGUGAGUACUCUAAAGCCCUGUACACCUGCUGUGUCACCUGUGGGGUGGGGCGGGAGAGACAGGUGAGGUCAGGUGAGACACGUGAGAUAGGUGAGACAGGUGAGACUGGUGUCUGGUGUUGUCUCUGCAGGGAGGAGGAGCCUCUGUUCAAAGCCAUCCGUGUUGGAGAUGUGAACAGAGUGAAGAUCAUGGCGAUGUGUCCUGGAACGAACCUGAUGCUGCCAAGUGACCCCGGCUGGCUCGCCAUCCACCAGGCGGUGUGGCACGGUCAGGACUCCUGUCUGAGGGUCCUGCUGUCAGCUCAGCCGGGGACCAUCAACAGGCGAACUGAACAUGGUGAGUCAGCACUGCUGCUCGCCGUCAGCAGAGAGGAAGUCACAUGUGUUCAGGUUCUACUGGAGAACCGAGCCGACACGGAGAUCCCCAACUACGACAAGGAGACGCCCCUCUACAAAGCCUGUGAGCGGGACAGUGCGGUGAUGGUGGCGGAGUUGUUGAAUCACGGUGUUGCCGUGAACACUCGUUGUAUUCAGGGUUGUACUGCUCUUCACGAAGCUGUGGUCCGGAACAACGUGGAGAUCUGUGAGAUGUUGCUAAAGGCCGGAGCCAAACACAACCUCACCAACAUGUACGGCAUCUCACCGCUGUUCACCGCGGCUCAGUACGGGCAGGUCGCCACGCUGCGCUUCCUCCUGAAACAUGGUGCAGAUAUCAACAGUCAGGCUGAUGACGGAGCCACUGCUCUGUACGAAGCUGCUAAAAAUGGACAUGAGGAAAUUGUGAGGUUCCUCCUCUCACAAAACGCAGAUGCCAACAAACCUGGGAAGUCCGGAUUAUUACCACUUCACAUCGCGGCUCAGAGAGGAAGUAUCACUAUCGUGUCCAUGUUGAUACCAGCCACCAGUAAGGCCCGAGUCCGGCGGGCCGGCAUCAGCCCGCUCCACGUGGCGGCCGAGCGCGAGCGUGACGACGUGCUGGAGCUGCUGAUCGCGGCGGGCUUCGAUGUGAACGCUCAGCUGUCGGAGGAGCGGUCCCAGCUGUACGAGGACCGCCGCAGCUCCGCCCUCUACUUCUCCGUCAUGAACAACGACAUCAAGGCCGUGAGCCUGCUGCUGGAGGCCGGCGCCGACCCGAACCUGGACCUGCUGAAGCCGCUGAUGGUGGCGGUGAGGCAGAGCUGCGUCCAGGCCACGAUCCUGCUCGUGAAGCACGGAGCUGACAUCAACGCCUGCAUCCCCAUGCACCCCACCACCUUCCCCCCCAUCUACAUGUUCGCCAUGAAGGACCUGCCCAUGUUCAAGUACCUGCUGGACCAGGGAGGCCACGCCCGCUCCUGCUUUGACUGUUGUCUUGGCAGCAAACCUCAUCCACCAAUCAAAACCACUCGGUCAGAGAGGGGCAACUCCUACUUCCUGGAAGAGACACACCUGAGGAGGAGCGUUCAGUUCUGUGAGAUGAUCUCAGCCCCAAGCAUCUCUCGGUGGGCGGGGCCAAUCAUUGACGUCCUACUGGACUACGUUGGUCAGGUGACUCUCUGCUCCAGACUGAUGGAACACCUGGACAGUUACAGCGAGUGGAGCAUCAUCAAAGAAAAAGCAACUUCACCGCGGUCACUGAUGCAGAACUGCCGGCUGCAGAUCCUGCAGCUGGUCGCACGUCCUCGGGUGAAGAAGCUACCGCUGCCUGGAGUUCUGCUCCGGUUCCUGCAACAUGGAGAAGGAUCCAUCGAGGACUGAGGUGUCACUCAUACUGACUUUACCCAGUUUACUCAGUUAACCCAGUUACAUCCAGGUAAACUCAGUUAAACUCAGUUUAGUCAAUGAUAAGAUUGAGUUUGUUGUUUGUUAGAAGAUAAAGAUCAAAUAUGAGAAAUGAAGAAAUGUAGUUUAGCUGCAUCAGCUUAGUGUAAACAGAUAAAACAGAUGUUAUUCAAAUGUGACUAAUUUGUUACUAACCUGUUAUUAACAUGUUGGUAACAUGGUAUUAAUCUGUUAUUAACGUGUGUCAGGAAGGAAACAGCAAGAUAACAUUUGAAAACAAUUUGACUCAUAAUCACAUGAGAACAUUUAUUCACAGUUAAAAUUGAUUGAAAAUGUAGAUUUUAAAAC